UGUGGGCCCUGGGCAUCGGGAGUGCUGCCCGGAGCCGACUUUUCCGCCGGCCGCGCCGUGACGGCUUCCCGGACCUGCCCUCUUUGUGGGGGUCCCCGCAGCCUCGCCCGGGCCCCAGAUAGUACAAUGGUGGGCGAGGAGAAGAUGUCUCUAAGAAACCGGCUGUCAAAGUCAAGUAAAAAUCCGGAGGAAGAUGAAGACCGGAGAAACCCUACAGUGGAGUCCUUACAGAUACCUAGUAAUGGUCGAAUUGACAUAAAACGGUUGAUAGCAAAGAAGAUGCAGUUGACAGCAGAGGCAGAGGAAUUGAAACCAUUUUUUAUGAAGGAAGUUGGCAGUCACUUUGAUGACUUCGUGACCAAUCUCAUUGAAAAAUCAGCAUCAUUAGAUAAUGGAGGGUGUGCUCUCACAACUUUUUCUGUUCUUGAAGGAGAGAAAAACAACCAUAGAACAAAAGAUCUGAGAGCACCUCCAGAACAAGGGAAGAUUUUUACUGCAAGGCGAUCUCUCUUAGAAAUAUUUGAGUUUAAAAAUAUUAACAUUCGUUUAAUAAUGAAGGCCCAUUCAUUUGUCAGAGAGAAUGUGCCUCGGGUUCUAAAUUCUGCUAAGGAGAAAUCAAGCACUGUUCCAGUACCUACAGUCAACCAGUACUUGUACUUCUUGUUUGCUCCUACCCUCAUCUACCGUGACAGCUAUCCCAGCUAUUUGGAAGGACUCUUAAUACUGUUGAUCUUAUUUUUAGGGGUGCUGAUUCUGUUCCUUACUUUUUUUGCUUUUUUGCACUGCUGGCUCAAUGCCUUUGCUGAGAUGUUACGCUUUGGCGACAGGAUGUUUUAUAAGGAUUGGUGGAACUCCACAUCAUACUCCAACUAUUACAGGACCUGGAAUGUGGUGGUCCAUGACUGGCUAUAUUAUUAUGCUUACAAGGACUUUCUCUGGUUAUUCUCUAAGAGGUUCAAGUCUGCUGCCAUGCUGGCCGUCUUCGCUGUGUCUGCUAUCGUGCACGAGUACGCCUUGGCUGUUUGCUUGAGCUUUUUCUAUCCCGUGCUCUUCGUGCUCUUCAUGUUCUUUGGAAUGGCUUUCAACUUCAUUGUAAAUGAUAGUCGGAAAAGGCCGAUUUGGAAUGUUCUGAUGUGGACAUCUCUUUUCUUGGGUAUUGGAGUUUUGCUGUGCUUUUAUUCUCAAGAGUGGUAUGCACGUCAGCGCUGUCCUCUGAAAAAUCCCACAUUUCUAGAUUAUAUCCAGCCACGUUCCUGGACUUGUCAAUAUGUGUUUUAGAAGCUUGGACUUUAUUUCCUUCUUGUCACUGAAGACUGAGUAUUCUCCUUGAUUUGGAGCCAGCCGUCACUGAAGCUGUCUGCGUUAUUUGGACCACUCCAGGCUUUACGGAAGGCUCAUUCAAUCCCUAGGUCACUUGAAGCAGAACUGUUGGAAGCUCGCUGGGGUCUUGCACACUAAGCAGGACUCUGUUGUUGUUGGGGUUGGGGGAAGAGAAGGAAGACCCACAGCCGAGGUGAUGACAGAUUCUUGCUGGGUUGUGUCAGCUUUAGCCUUGGUAGUUAUACUGUUUGGUUUUCUUAACUCCGUCCAUUCAGAGACUAAACAUAAUACUUACUUGGCCACUGAACUAGCCAAAACACUUGUGAAGACAUUGUGUAAGUACCUCUGACUUAGAAUUUUUUUUCACAAACAUUUUUGGAGCAUAUGCUAAUUAAACAUGAAAUUG